AUGGUAAUUUACCGCGUUGUCGUGUAUCAGGAGCGUUUGUUCAUCCCUGGCGACGCCCAUCGAACCAUCCUCCAAUUGGUGGGUAGCAGUGGAGCCAGCGAACGCAUCCCAUUGGAUCAGACAUCUAUUUGCGGGGUUUUAAAGAAAUUAUGUUGCUGCUGCUGCUGUAAAACCAUCCAAGAAAAAGCAGAAUAUGCAGUUUCCUGUCCGACCAGCCUUGGAGCUCCACUAUUGGUCCACCUGGAAGCCCACGCCCACCACGACGUGUGGUUCUGUUCUAAGGUUGCCGUGACAACGCCGGAGGGCGGCGUCCUGCUGUUCCCCUGCUACCGGUUUGUUGGCUCCUCGGCCUCUCUGACUCUGAGGGAUUCCACUGCGAAGUUGGUUUUCAGCGACCUUCUACCAAUCGAACUCGAUCAGAGGAUCAAUGAGCUGACGAACCGCCGUGAAACAUUCCGCUGGAGUUGCUAUGACGACGCCUUGCCGGAGACGUUGAAGGCCGACAACGUGUUGUUAGUUCCUGCGGACGCUCAAUUCUCCGUUUCCAAGGCAACGGGCAUGGUGCUGACUGUCGCCGAGGCGGUGGUGGAGUUGGGUCUGCAGAACUUCCUGAGCUCUCAGCAGCAUUGGUCCGGCUUUUAUCAGAUCCAUCAGCUCGGCUUGAAGAUCAGAACCUCAGCCUGCAGAUUGGUGGAGAGCCACUGGAGGGAGGACUGGUUCUUCGGACAUCAGUUCCUGAACGGAGCCAAUCCGACUCUAAUCCGCCGCUGCACCAGAAUCCCGACCAACAUGUCCGUUACCAAGGAGAUGGUGGAGGCUUCGAUUGGGGGCGGAGCCAUCCUCGCUCAGGAGAUGGAGAGAGGGAACAUCUUCCUGGUGGAUUAUCGUUUGCUGGACGGCCUCACGGCGAACACCGUCAACAGGAAGCAGAAUUACCUGACGGCUCCACUCGUCCUGCUGCACCUGAACCCCGACCGGCAGCUGCUGCCAGUCGCCAUCCAGCUGAAGCAGAGCCCAGAUGAGACCAACCCGGUCUUCUACCCUGAGGACCAGGCUGCUGAUUGGCUCACAGCUAAAACGUUUGUGCGCUCAGCGGAUUUUGCCGAUCACGAGCUGCGUUCUCACUUCCUGCGCACGCAUAUGAUGUCAGAGCUCUUCGCCAUGGCAACACUCCGCAACUUUCCCAUGGUGCAUCCUGUCUACAAGCUGCUGGCGCCUCAUUUCCGUUACACUCUGGAGAUCGACACCCUGGCUCGUCAGCUGCUGAUCUCUGACGGAGGAGCACUGAUGGAGUUCACGGCGGUGGGCGGAGCCGCCACGCGGGAGUUCCUGAGGAAGGCGGCGGCCUCGCUCACCUAUCGUGACCUUUGUUUACCUGAUGACAUCAUUGGGCGGGGCCUAAACUCCAUUCCUGGUUAUUAUUACCGUGACGAUGGGCUAAAGCUGUGGGACAUCAUCCACAGGUACGUAGGGGGCGUGGUCGGACACUAUUACCAUGGUGACGAUGAUGUCACCAGAGACUUGGAGCUACAGAGCUGGAUCAAUGAGAUCAUCGUGUUCGGUCGCCUCGAGGACCAACAUAAAGGUUUCCCAAAAUCGUUUACCUCAGUGUCGGAGCUGACGUACUUUGUUACCAUGGUGAUCUUCAAUGCAUCGGCGCAGCACUCGGCUGUUAACGACGCUCAGCUGGAUUAUUUCGGGUGGAUGCCGAAUGCUCCCAUGGGGCUGCAGCGUCCUCCUCCGGCCUGCAGGGGGCGCUGCAGCGAGCGCAGCCUCCUGGACUCUUUCCCUGACGUGAGAUCGACCGUGAGCGGCCUCGCCACCGUCUACCUGCUCAGCAAGAAAUCUGAAGACUUUGUUCCUCUGGGCGGCUCGGCCGAGCAGCACUUCACGGAGAGCGUUCCCGUGGAGAUGGCGGCACGUUUCAGCAACGACCUGAAGCGUCUGAGCUGUGACAUCAGAGCGAGGAACGUCGACCUGACGCUGCCGUAUGGCUACCUGGACCCCGUCUCCGUAGAGGACAGCGUGGCGCGCUGACGCUAAUGCUAGCUCAGCCACCGCAUCAGAAUGAGUUAUAUUUGAACUACUUAAAUGGAUGCUAAGCUACGUAUUGAUUGAUCAAUAAAAGUAAUACUAUUACUGCUGCAUUAUGUUGCUCUUGGAUACUUUUUAAAAUCAUCAUCCUUCAUUUUGUCAACAUUUGAUAUGGUCCAUCCAUCUAGACUACAGUGUAAACAGUUCAACACCACCCACUGCUACGUCACCCUAACCAGCUCUACCCUUCAACGGUCUCUCCUUAUUUCCUUAGGAACUCUCUAUUUAUGUCAUGUGCUCAUGUAAGAAACAGCCUAAACAUACUGCACUAGACAUUUCCAUCUGUUCCGUAUAAUGUAACUAUGUGUCCUCUGGGACGGACCAGCGUGUGAUCAUGUGGGAGAGUCAUCUUCUCACACCAACACCUGCAUCAGAAGGACCAGGAUGAUGCAAUGAUCGUAUAAAACUCUCCUGUUGGCUGAUACAUAGAAACAGGAUGAAGGUUUGAGGAAACAGUAAAUGUGUCUCCAGUAUCAUCACUAAGGACUCUUCAUCAAUGUUGUGGUUCUGGUUCAUCUAGCGACCCACAUCUUCAUCCUAAACAUCCCUAUGAUGCUGAUCUAAAAGUGACUUACAAUGUUUAAAUCUCUAUUCACUAAAGAAGAAAAACUUGUUCAUUAAAGGAAGUUUGAUUGAAGGACGACUGAAGACACUUGAGGAAAGUUUAAUGAUCAUUUAAUGUGGAUCUGGAACCUGAUCAGAGACUUUAAAUCAAGCAAGAAUUACAGAUGAUAUAGCUUUAUAUUUGAGUUUUUAUAAACUGAUGAAGCUCGGCAGUAAUCACAUCAAUAUAUAUAAAUAUAUACAUAUACCGUAAAUCCUCAAAUAAAGACCGGGAUUCAAUUAGUGGCCGGGCGUCAGAUAGUAGCCGGGGGCGCGGUCGAUACGGACAAAUGAAGGCCAAGCCCCAAAUACAGGCCGGGGGUAAAAAAAAAAAAGUAAAAGUAAUAUUUUCAUAAAUGUAUUUCAUACAUGUUCUCCUUAUGUUUAAUGUUAUUGGCCGCACGCAAGUAAUACGAGUCAAUAUCUGUGCUCGGAUUGAAUAAAUGUCCUCAUUGGGUAGCUGUCUGUGUCUGCGUUCUGUGAUUGGCUGGUAGUCACAGCGCCCCUCCCCUACACACAUACUGUUUGUGUUGCUGUGUCCCGCUCGGCUCACUCACACACAGAACUCUGAGAAGUGAACAGCUCUCUCUCUCCCUCUCUGUCGUCAGGUUCGCGGGUCUUUCGCCAUAAAUUUAAAGGAUUUCUUCGGCUUCAGAUUUUUUUUUUUUACUUUGGUUGUUGUUAAUUAGUAGAGUUUAGGUAAACGUGGGGUUUAUUAAGACGUGGUUCGUAAGAAUGCGACUCGCAUUGCGUCUCUGCCUGUCUCUUUUCCUCUCUGCCGGAGUUUUUUUUUACCGUCUGCUGGCUCUCUACACACACACACACACACACACACACACACACACACACACACACACACCACAAUAAUUAAGAAAGAAUGCUGUUUUAACCGCAGAAAUGCGUCAGUACAGUACACUGUUUUCAAAGUUCAUGUUUUAUAUUGGUCACCUGUUAAUCAAGCUCCCUGCGAAGGGUCAAUUGCAUGCUUAAAAAAGAGCAUAAUGGUUAAAGCCCCGCCCAUUUCAAGACAACCCGACAACUUACGGGUAAACUCCGGAUUAAGCCCCGCCCACUUCCGGGUUGGGCCCCGCCCAAUCCGAGUACAGAUACGGAUACAGUUUAUUCAUAUGGUUCAACAGAUACUGAUACAGAUACAGAUAAUGCUGUACUCGCUCAUCCCUACUAAGUAUUAUGUUUAGAUGUAGACCUAUUUUGCAAGGUCCAUUUAGUUGGGAGUUUGUUUGCUCCAUUUGACCUUAAUGGCUAUGCCCAUUCAGAUGUUGCUGAUGAAUUUGGUAGUUGCGUAAUAUGACAGACCUAGUCCAAGUCCUGGCCAUUUGGUUUCAUUUUGGUUGUCUCCUGUUCGUUCUGUGAUUGCUGUCCUUUGACAGGACCAGAUAUUUAUUGUUACGUUGAUACUGCAGAAAAAGCGCUAUACGCGAUAAACUUUUUUGCCGAGUGAAAUUUUUGACUUGCUUGAUUGUAAUUGAGAACAUUGGAAAAUAUCUGCAAUUAACGAUGUAUCUUAAGACUGACACUACGGUUUAUUACUGAUUCAUUUCUAAAUGGUUAGUCUCCAGAAAGUUGAUUAGCUGUAGGUCUACCGGUUUCAUUCUACCGGUAGCAUAUCGGUAAAUGGUUGCAGGAAGUGCUGAACGCAUAUGCAAUGAAUGAUAUUAGCCUACUGUAAUUAUGCCCAUUAUUUUAUUUAAAUAAUACAAUUCUAUAACAGAAGAUACCGGUAAGUAAGAAAUAAAGGCCUGCCCCUAAUACAGGCCGGUGCGCUGUGAAGCCUCUGUAAAUAAAAGCCUUGGCCACUAUUUGAGGAUUUACGGUAUAU